CUGGCGCCAGACCUCGAAGAAGAAUCACUUCCGCCGUGAGUUAAUGGCGGUUGCGAGCAGGGUGGACUGUAAACAUUUCAGCUGUCUUAACUGUCGCCGCGUUGAGGACGAAAUCGCCUACCGCUCGGAGAAAACAAAGCAAACGCUUUCGCUGUCGUGGUUCCAGUUUUCCGAAUGGAGGAGGAAGAAGAAGCGAGGGGAGAGGGAGACUCGGAGUGUGAGGUGGCUGAGCUCCGUCUGAGAGUUGAGUCAUUGAAACAGGAGCUGAAGGAGUGCCGAGCCGAGCUCACCAAGUUACAGAAGCAGCUGAGCCACUCCGAAAGGCUGCAGAAGAGCACCGAGAGCUACAACGAAGACCUGAGGAAGCAGGUUGACCAGCUCAGUGCAGAGAUUCAUGAGCGAAAGAAGAAAGAGAAAGACAGAAUCAGCUGUGAAACUCAAACAGAAGAAUAUGUGUGGACAGAAACUGAUUACUACAAUUACUACUAUGGAGGCUACUGUCCUGAGGGGGCAGAUUCCCAGGAAGGUCUGGACCUGACGACAGCAGCAGCAGCUGAGGGUGUUACUGAUCCCAGUACGGCGACGGCAGCUGUGGAUGUAACUGAUUACAGUACGGCGGUAGACGCAUCGACAACGAAUGAAGCAACGGCCCCAGAUGCGUCCGCUUCAGCAGAGAGCAGCGAAGUAGCUCCAGCAGAGGGAGGUGAUGCGGGCUCCAUAGCUGACAUGCUGAGGGCCACAGCUGAAGAAGCCAUGACGCAGACCGGCUUCGUCUUCGAUGAGACGUCCGGCAUGUAUUACGAUCACAGCACGGGCUUCUACUACGACUCGGUCAGUCAGUUGUAUUAUGACGCCAACACAGGCAUAUACUACUACUACGACGCAGAAAGCGGACGGUAUCAGUUUCACUCCAGGAUCGAGGUGCCUGCUGCGCAGAGCUCUGCCGAGCAUUCCCAAGAGACUCACGUUCCCGACAAGAAAUGGAGAAAGUUCCCAAAAGCAGUCAAGAAAGCGUCUCAUCAGGAUGAGGGGGAACACAAACCGGACGAGGCAAACCCAGAAACGGAAGAAACCGAAUCCCGAAAACUGCACCGGAGGUCUCGCAGUCCAGACUUAUCCAAGAGUAAAAGAGAUUCUUCAAAACACGGGAAAGAGCGGGACAAAUCGCCAUCGCGGAGAAGGCGGCUGAAGAACGGCUCGCACCACGAGGAGAAGAGCAGCUCAAGAAAGAAGAGGAAGAAAUCUAAGUCAGAAAAGCAUGAAAAGAGGAAGAAGAAGAAGAGGAAGAGGAGCCCGGUUCAGAGUGAGGAGUCGGAGGGCAACAGCGAACCAGAGGAGGGCGAGAUCACAGAGUCUGAAAAGGAAGAUCUGGAAUCCGCCUCGUCGCCUUCAUCGUGUUCCAGCCCCAAACAUUCCAGGGAAAGUCCUGAGUCAGAAAUGGAGGUGCAGAGCCAAGAAGUUAACAACUUCUGGCCCCCCUGUGUGAGAGUGACCGUGGUCAGGUCUCCGGCGCUGCAGGUGGGGACUCUGUUCAUCAUCACAGCCGACUCUCCGGCCACAUUCGGCAGGGAAAAAGACAUGAACCAUGCAGUUCGACUACCAGAAAUGGGAGUCAGCAAGUUCCAUGCGGAGGUGUACUUUGACCAGGAACAGCAAAGCUACAUGCUGGUGGACCAGGGGAGCCAAAACGGGACGGUCAUUAACGGAAACCGCAUACUGCAGCCCAAAACCAAGUCGGAGCCUCAUGCACUCAUGCACGGGGAUGAGGUCAAGAUGGGAGAGACCGUGCUGUCGUUCCACAUCCACUCAGGCACCGACACCUGUGACGGCUGUGAACCCGGACAAGUCAUGGCUCACAUCAGCAAGCACAGGAGGGAGGAGAGCGCCGAAGCUCCUGGCCUCAGCAAAGAAGACAAAGAAUCCCUGAGACAGAAAGAGCUGAAGCAAAUGAAGGCCAAAUAUGGACUGCAAAGCAACGAGGAGACCAAAGCCCUGAGGAACCCCAAGUACAGGGACAGAGCAGAGUCUCGCCGGCAGAAUGUGGGCAGCGAAGGCGUUUUCCAACGGGACGAUGCACCCGCUUCUGUACACGAGGAGAUCAGUGAAGUCAACAAGGGGCGGAAGAUGCUGGAAAAAAUGGGCUGGAAAAAAGGAGAGGGGCUGGGAAAAGAGGGACGUGGGAUGAAAGAUCCGAUCGAACUGAAAAUCCGGAAGUCGCAGUCUGGCCUGGGAACGGGCAGCGUCAUGUCAGUGGACGACGUUUCCGCAACCAGAUCCAAGUCCCAUAAGAACUGGGAGAAAGCCCGCGAGCGGUUCGCCGACUCCUGCCAGCCCGACCCGCCGCCAGCCCAGAAAAGUAACGCUUGGGUCAGAUCAGAGGAGGCGGAGGACUCGCAAACCAGUUUGGAAACAGGCAACCAGAGUUAGGGGAGUGACUUGCUCCUGAACUCUGUUGUUUUAAAGUGGAGGAGAGGAGGGAGUUUCAUCACUUCAACAGAAAACAUGUUUGAGUUGAAGCUUGAGGAACUCCUGAUUAACAACUUGCUGUUUUGUUUCCUCCUCUAGGUAUAAACGGGUUUUAGUCCGAGUGCUGUGCAUCAGCCCAAUUUGUAAAACCUCCGCUAUGUUUUUUCUUUUCUUUUUUUUUUGUUUUUCCUCUGCAUGGAAACCCUGUUCAGACAAACUAAGAACAGGAGUUCAAGCUGAGACGCCUCAAGCAAA